AUGCAGAACAUGAGGAAGAAGCAAAUGCUGCCUAUGAUCAAGUUCUGGAGUUGCUCGACACAGAUCCAACAGCAUCUCAAUACUUUAACAGACAAUGGCGUUACAACAUAUCAAGAUGGAUUGCUCGUGACAGGCGUGAAGGCGACGCAACUAACAAUAUUGCCGAAGCUCAUUUUAGAACACUCAAACAUGACUAUUUUCCUGAUCGAAAAAAAUCUCAGAAUUGAUGAUGUUAUUAUAGAAAUUUAUACAAAAGUGAUACCAUCUUUCGUUAUCAAACUCAAAAUUGAUCAAAAUCCAGUAGAUGACCGUGUUAUUAGGAUCAUGGAAAAAGCAACUAACGCAGAAAUUGAUGUAAAAAGACAAAGAAAAAUCGAGAGUAUUUCAAUGCUCAAUAGAUUGCUCAAUGCUGUUAGUGAUGACUCAAUAGAUCCCACUAAAAUAUAUCCUACCUUGAAAGUAUUAUUACAAAGAACUCAUUUUAUUUAA